CGUACUGUGGUCUGUAAUGGAAAAGGAAAAGAGGGCGGGGCAAUUGUGUCGACGCCCCGCCCACUCAUCCCCCGCCACCGUGGUCACGUCCCGCCUCGUUCUGUCAUGUGAUCCAGACCACGUGACCGGGGGGGGGGCGCUGACUCAGCUGCGUCGUCACGCAGGCGAAAGCGCGUCAGUCGGGGAGUCGCAGCAUUAUGAGAGAUCCACCUUCCGCUGCUGCUGCUGGAGCGGAGACACCGGAGAAACGCUGCUCCCACCGGGCUUCCCUCAGCGCGCUCACCCGCAGCGCCGCCGAUAGAUGGCUAAAAGCCGCGCAACACCUCCGCUUCAGUCCGCACGGUGAAGAGAAUGUCCCAGAAAUCCUGGAUAGAGAGCACUUUCACCAAGAGGGAAUGUGUCUACAUACUGCCAGUGUCCAAGGACCCACACAGAUGCCUUCCAGGAUGUCAGAUCUGCCAGCAGCUCGUCAGGUGCUGCUGUGGCCGGCUGGUCCGGCAACACGCUGGAUUCACAGCGAGUCUGGCGACAAAAUACUCGGAUGUGAAGCUGGCAGACCUGGAGGAAUGGAGUGUGGAGAAGCACACGGAGCAAAGUCCCACUGAUGCCUAUGGCAUCAUCAACUUCCAGGGAGGAUCACACUCCUGCAGAGCCAAGUAUGUGCGUCUCUCCUACGACUCUCGGCCCGAGGCGAUCCUCAGGUUGAUGUUGAAGGAGUGGCAGAUGGAGCUCCCAAAGAUCCUCAUCUCUGUACAUGGAGGGAUUCAGAACUUCGACCUGCAUCCUCGCAUCAAACAGGUGGUGGGGAAAGGGCUCAUCAAAGCAGCCGUCACCACGGGGGCCUGGAUCCUCACCGGGGGGGUCAAUACAGGUGUGGCAAAGCACGUGGGAGAUGCGCUGAAGGAGCACUCGUCCCGCUCUGCUCGGAAGAUUUGCACCAUCGGGAUCGCACCCUGGGGGGUGAUCGAGAACCGUAAUGAUCUAAUUGGGAGAGACGUGGUAGCCCCCUAUCAGACGCUCCUGAACCCCCUCAGUAAGCUGAACGUGUUAAAUAACCUGCACUCUCACUUCAUCCUGGUGGACGACGGCACGGUGGGAAAGUACGGCGCCGAGGUCAACCUGCGGAGGGAGCUAGAGAAACACAUCAACCUGCAGAGGAUACACGCCCGUAUCGGGCAGGGUGUUCCAGUCGUAGCUCUGAUCUUUGAAGGUGGGCCGAACGUGAUCCUGACCGUGUUGGAGUAUCUGCAGGAGAGCCCACCCGUCCCUGUAGUGGUGUGUGAAGGAACCGGACGAGCGGCGGACAUUUUGUCUUUUGUCCAUAAACAAACCGAGGAUGAUGGUAGUCUUCCAGAUGGUGUUGAGCUGGACAUCAUUGCGACAAUCAAAAAAACCUUUAACUUCAGUCAGAAUGAUGCGGUGCAUCUCUUCCAGACACUCAUGGAGUGUAUGAAAAACAAAGAGCUGAUAACGGUGUUUCAUGUCGGCUCAGAGGAACAUCAGGAAAUCGAUGUGGCCAUCCUGAAGGCUCUGCUUAAAGGCACGGAUGCAUCUGCGUUUGACCAGCUCGUGCUGACACUGGCGUGGAACCGUGUGGACAUCGCGAAGGAUCACGUGUUUGUUUACGGACAAAAGUUACUAGUAGAUUCCUUGGAACAGGCCAUGCUGGAUGCGUUAGUGAUGGACCGUGUGGAUUUUGUGAAGCUGCUAAUUGAGAAUGGUGUGAGCAUGCACCGGUUCCUCACCAUCUCACGCCUGGAGGAGCUUUACAACACGAAACAGUUACCAGCAAACCCCACAUUGCUGCAGCUCGUCAGAGAUGUCAAGCAGGGGAAUCUCCCUCCGAACUACAAGAUCACUCUAAUCGAUGUGGGUUUGGUGAUUGAGCACCUGAUGGGCGGAACAUACCGCUGUAACUACACACGCAAGCGCUUCAGGAUCAUCUACAACAACCUGCAUGGCAACAGCCGGCGCUCAGGCCGCGGUCCACCCAGCGCACCUCCUCUGCGGAAAAAUCACGAGGCCUUCAGUAUGCAGGCUGACAAGAAGGAGAAAACCCGGCACAACCACUUCAUCAAGACAGCUCAGCCUUACAAACCAAAGUUGGAUUCCAGCAGUGACGUGCAGCACAGGCGUAGUAAGGAGGAAGUGGUGGACAUCGACGACCCUGAGACUCGGCGCUUUUCGUACCCGUUUAACGAGCUGCUAGUGUGGGCCGUGCUGAUGAAGAGGCAGAGGAUGGCGCUGUUCUUCUGGCAGCACGGAGAGGAGAACAUGGCCAAGGCACUGGUUGCCUGCAAGCUCAGCCGCUCCAUGAGCUACGAGGCCAAAAAAAGCGAUGUGGUGGAUGACAUGUCACAGGAGCUGAAAGAGUACUCCAAUGAGUUCGGCCAGCUGGCGGUGGACCUGUUGGAGCAGUCCUUUCGGCAGGACGAGAUGAUGGCGAUGAAGCUGCUGACCUACGAGCUGAAGAACUGGAGUAAUUCGACGUGUCUGAAGCUGGCCGUGUCGUCACGCCUGCGCCCGUUCGUCGCUCACACCUGCACACAGAUGCUGCUGUCUGACAUGUGGAUGGGCCGCCUCAACAUGCGCAAGAACUCCUGGUACAAGGUGAUCCUGAGCAUCCUAGUGUUCCCUGCCAUCCUGAUGUUGGAGUAUAAGAGUAAGGCAGAGAUGGCCCACAUCCCUCAGUCUCAGGAUGCUCACCAGAUGACUAUGGAGGACAGUGAGCACAACCUACAGACCUCUGAUGACAUCCAGAUGGACGUAUUUAAGGACUCCCGUAUGAGCGAGCACACGGAGGUGAAGAGUGAGGCCGAGGUUCUCCUGCGCUCACGUCGAUUGCCCAUCACACGCAAGUUUUACGCUUUCUACCACGCCCCCAUCGUCAAGUUCUGGACCAACACGCUGUUCUAUCUGGCCUUCCUGAUGCUCUACUCCUAUGUGGUGUUGGUGAAAUUGCCGAGCUUUCCGUCGCCGCAGGAGUGGGCUGUCAUCCUGUACAUCUUCACCUCUGCCAUUGAGAAAAUACGUGAGAUGUUCAUGUCAGAAGGAGGAAAGAUCAGCCAGAAGAUCAAAGUGUGGUUCAACGAUUACUUCAACACUUCGGACUUCAUCGCCAUCGUGAUGUUUAUGGUGGGUUUCGGCCUGCGCUUCGGCUCUGGCGACGUCGCUGUCGCUGGGAGGAUCGUUUACUGCCUGAACAUCAUCUUCUGGUACGUCCGGCUCCUCGACAUCCUCGCCGUCAACCAGCAGGCCGGCCCUUACGUCAUGAUGAUUGGCAAGAUGGUAGCAAACAUGUUCUACAUCGUGGUGAUCAUGCUGGUGGUCUUGGUGACGUACGGUGUUCCCCGUAAAGCCAUCCUCUACCCCAACUCUACGCCUCACUGGUCUCUCAUCGUCGACGUGGUCUUCCAGCCGUACUGGAUGAUGUAUGGGGAGGUGUACGCCUAUGAGAUUGACGUGUGCGCUAACAACAGCAACACCGAGCCCCACAUCAGGGACCUGUGUGGGCCGGGGGUGUGGCUAACUCCAGCGCUGCAAGCCGUUUAUCUGUUCAUACAGUACAUCCUGAUGGUCAACCUGCUCAUCGCCUUCUUCAAUAAUGUGUACCUGCAGGUGAUGUCCAUGUCUAACCUGGUGUGGAAAUAUCAGCGUUACCACUUCAUCAUGGCGUAUCAUGAUAAACCCGUUCUCCCUCCACCGCUAAUUUUCUUCUGCCACAUCGCCUCACUCAUUCGCUUCCUCUGCAAAAGCAGGAAAAAGGACAGCAGUGCUUAUGGACCAAAGCUCUUCCUAACUGAAGAGGACCAGAAAAAGCUGCACGAUUUUGAGGAGCAGUGUGUGGAGACAUAUUUCCAUGAGAAAGAUGACAAGUUUCACUCUGGGAGUGACGAGAGGAUCAGAUUAACCUCCGACCGGGUGGAGACGAUGAGUGUCCAGCUGAGGGAGGUUGGAAACAGGGUGAAUUUUAUAAAGCGUUCUUUGCACUCUCUGGACUCUCAGAUCGGUCACCUGCAGGAUCUGUCUGCACUGACCGUGGACACUCUGAAGGCUCUGACGGCGCAGAGAGCUUCCGAAGCCAGUAAAGUGCACAACGAAAUCACGAGAGAACUUAGCCUGUCUAAGAACAUGGUGCCUGGCACCGUAGACACCGUCCCGCCCUCAAAAGCCUCAAUUUUGGUUCAGAGAAGUGUUUAUCCGACCUCGUCCAACAUGGCUGACUCUCUGUUUGGACGAGGCGCUUCGGAAGGGGCGCGUCUGAGAGCUGAGCUGGCAAUGACUCCAGAAAGGAGGCCGGCGUUUUCUCCGGAGGCUGGAUCCUUUGCCGUUGCCACACAUGCGCACACAAUCGCUCAUCCGGAUAACACCGCCGACAGCAACCUGCCAACUGCUUGUGGUGCCACGGCGGCGACCUUCUUCGUCAGCACCCCCACACAACCGAGCAGCAUACACACACACACACACAGUACACAACUGGGUCAGUCUCACUCUCCUCCCAAGGCUGCUGUGGAGUUUGGUGCUUUUGUGGGUGAGUAUGAAAAAAUGGGAGAUGGAGAUGAUGAUGAUGAUGAUGAUUGUGGAAAGCAAGGAGCUUCCAGUUUGUGCCCAAGCGUUGUGGUUACGAGUCAGUUGGAGUGCGAGUGUUACGUGAAUCUUGCUUUUACCGACGAUGAAGGCUACGUACAGAGCCAAGGGAUCUCAAAAUCCCUCCCAGGCCCCGCCUCCAGAUUUGUCUCUGUCCCCUGGAGGCCCCGCCCUCGGCGCUGUCAGCCUUCUAUGGGAGUCGAGCAGCGACUCCGAGUCAGAGCGAGAGGUCAUAAGGACAACUCUGAAAGUCAAAGGUCAUCCCCUAAGCAGAGCUCUGUGGGCUGCAGGCAGCUCAGUCACAGCAGCAAGGGAGAGGGUCAUAUGAGGACGGUGAACUCUUACGCUGGGUUCACAGAGCUCGACAAAAAUCCGGCAUUCCUGCAGCCAAGUCUGAGUAAGCGGGACAAGAGUCGAGUGUCAGCGGAGGAUGUUCAGUUCCACGACGACCCACGAACAGCGCUGCUACUGGAAAGAGCUCAGGGAAAAUCAGUGCAGGCCAGCAGCAGUGUAAGUCCAGUAGACGACACCACCAAUGUUACAGCCACAGUAGGCCUUUACUCCGCCCGUCACAGCCCUCUCAGUACACGUAAGGACUCGAUUGGUUCUCCCUUUAAGCCGAUGGAGGGUUAUCAGUAUUCAGCGGUGGAACGUAAUAACCUCAUGAGGUUGUCCCAGAGCAUCCCGUUCACCCCUGUACCCCCUAGAGGAGAGCCAGUAACAGUUUACCGUCUGGAGGAGAGCUCUCCCACCAACAUCAACAACAGCAUGUCGUCAUGGGCGCAGCGCGGCCUGUGUGCUAAGAUCGAGUUCCUGAGUAAGGAGGAAAUGGGCGGCGGCCUGAGGCGAGCCCUGAAGGUGAUGUGCACGUGGUCCGAGUAUGACCUCCUCAAACCUGGACACCUGUACAUCGUCAAGUCCUUCCUCCCUGACGUGAUCAACACCUGGCAGAGCGUCUACAAAGAAGAUACCGUCCUGCACCUCUGCCUGAGGGAGAUCCAACAGCAGCGAGCAGCUCAGAAGCUCACCUUCGCCUUCAAUCAAGUCCGACCCAAAACUAUCCCCUACUCACCCAGGUUCCUGGAGGUGUUCCUUCUGUACUGUCACUCGGCUGGACAGUGGUUUGCAAUAGAGGAGUGCAUCACAGGUGAGUUCCGCAAGUUCAACAACAACAACGGAGACGAGAUCGUUCCUACCAACCUGCUGGAGGAGACCAUGCUGGCCUUCAGCCACUGGACCUACGAGUACUCACGGGGGGAGCUGCUGGUGCUGGACCUGCAGGGAGUCGGUGAGAUUCUAACUGAUCCAUCCGUCAUUAAGAGUGGAGAGAAAGGGUCUUAUGAUAUGGUGUUUGGGCCGGCGAAUCUCGGUGAUGACGCCAUUCGAAACUUCCGCACCAAACACCACUGUAACUCCUGCUGCCGCAAACUCAAACUGCCUGACCUGAAGCGGAACGACUACACGCCAGAGAAAGUGACACUGCAGCAGGACGAUCAAACAGAAAGCCCCGGCGCAUCUACACAGGCAGGGGGCGGGGCUAAAGAACCGCGAGCGUCUAUGCGCUUAAUGCUGUGACACACACACAAACACACACAUAUAUGUGUGUAUAUAUAUAU